CGAAUAAAAUUUUUGGUUUUAGAACGAAUUGAACGUGUACGCGCAAUUAUCUCGAGUUUCAGAUUUAUAGAUUAAUCUCAAAUAUAAAGCAAAUACCAAGAAACAGAUACAGACUCACCUGUUAAACACUAUUAUCAGAUAUGUUAUCACAAGUAAAGUUGAACUUGUGCUACACUCUACACAGUAUGAGUAAUACCAGCCACAGUGUGAUUGAUCAAGUAUAAAGCACCUUUGAAGUGAAUUAAGAAGUUCUUACUAAUACAAUGUUUAUUUAUUUGUGUUCCACCGUUUUUUGCUUCUUAUGUAUAAUAUCCAGUUCUAUGUGCCAUAUAUGUUCAACAUGUUUAUGUUUAGGAGAAGUUGAAUUACAUCAAAAAUUAAUAGUGGAUUGUCACGAGAAACAUUUAGGAAGCAAUGACAUGCUUAAUUCCGACUUGUUAAUGUUGGACGAAGUAACGUUACAAAAACUUAUUUUAUCGAGGAACAAUAUAGUUGAUUUACCUGGACAUUUGUUGAAGAGAUUGAAACAUUUGAAGAGUUUGGAUUUAUCUGAAAAUGUGAUGAGCGAAAUACAUACAGACAUUUUUAUGAAUCUCUAUAAUCUUGAAGACCUAAGUCUCUCCAGGAAUAAUUUGACUUCGUUCGAUGAUUUAUUAUUGAAAGUUCUUCCAACAUUGUUGACAUUAGAUCUUAGUCAUAAUCGUAUAAGUACAAUAGAACAUACAAUUGACAGAACAUUAAUGAAAAUUAAUUCCUUAAAUCUUGCUCACAACAGUAUAAUUAAUAUAUCAGAAAAUUUCUUUGAAUCGUUAUCAAAUCUACAAUAUUUGGACCUGUCGUUUAAUAAGAUCUAUUCUUUGGAAAAUGUUAAUUUGAUACAUUUAAAUUCUUUAAAAAUUCUUUAUAUAAACAAUAAUUUUCUUACGUCGAUAUACAUGCAAAUACUUCCCAAAUCAUUAACAGAAUUACAUGCUGGAUACAAUUUAAUAACGGAAGUAUAUUAUGAACAAUCUCAAAUGGAAGUAUUGAGCUUAGAGUUUAAUCAAAUUUCUGAAAUAAAAUCAAAUUUAAGUAAAUUAGAGAAUUUACAACACUUGAACAUUACCGGGAACAAGAUAUCAAACUUUACGAACGUUGUACUUCAGAAUUUAAGAAUUUUAGACAUAUCUUACAAUAAGUUAUUUUAUAUUCCUGAAACCGUAUCUGUUAAAAAUUUUCCGGUAUUAAUUCAACUUAAUAUUAGUCAGAAUCCCAUUCAGAACUUAACGUUUCCCGCUGACUUAAAAUUCCACUCAUUUGUUGCGAGUAAUAUGAGUAUGUUGUCGACUAUCGCGAAAGAUACAUUCGCAAAAUUGGUACCACCAUCAAAUGUCUGCAUCAAUCUCACUCUAUCUAACAAUGAAAAGUUAUCCUCGAUCCACGAAGAUGCUUUAGAUCGUUUGAAUUUAUGUUCUUUGGACUUAAGUAACAAUCAACUUAGCUAUAUUGCACAGAAGCUUGUUCUACGUAAUACUAGUUUCACAAUGUACAAGGUGAAUCUACAAGGAAAUCCGUUUAAAUGUAAUUGUUCGUUGCAAUGGAUGCUAGAUACCAUGGUACCAAAACUGUAUUCUACAUAUCCUAAUCUUUUAGACGAGUUAAGAUGUGCUUGGCCGCUGCAAAUAUCGAACAUGAGAAUGGUACACUGGUACGGAUGGAAGGGUCAAGUUUUCUGUACAGAUAUGUCAGAUUUCAAUGAAAAGCUAACAAUCAAUGUGGCUGGCGUAAUUCCCGAUAAUCAAGUAGUAAAAUUUGACUCUAGUCCUGGUCUGCUCGCUGUUCUGGGAACAACGAUAUGUGUAUUGUCGAUUCUCGUAAUAGUAGGUCUUAUUUGGACUCAAAGAUUGUACAUGAAAAGGAGAAGAGUCAACAGAAAGUUCUGA